GUAACACCUCUCAUCUUAGAACUAGUGAUCUAGAGGAAUGUUUUAGAAAAUACGGAGAGCUCAUUCGGUGUGACGUUAAGCCUAACGGAUUUGGUUUUGUGGAAUAUGCCGAUAAAAGAGAUGCUGAAGAUGCUUUAGAGCAAGAAAAUGGUCAGUAUCUGGGCGGGCAGAGAAUUAGAGUUGAAUGGGCUAAAGGAAGCAUACGGCGUUCUGAUGAGUGUUUUCGUUGUGGGGAGCCUGGCCACUUUGCUAGGGAUUGUACUCGGGAUGACUCAGACCGAGGACGCAGCGGCCGAUACCGUCGUAGUUACGGAAGAAGCAGAUAUUCUCGUUCCCGUUCAAGAACUCGCUCGCGCACUCGAUCACGUUCUCGCUCGCGCACAAGAUCACGUUCUCGCUCCCGCUCUUCUAAAAGACGGCGCGACUACUCUUCAAGACGUCGUUCGUAUUCACGCACCCCUAGCCGCUCUCGCCGGGACUCCUCACGUGGCCAUAGGUCCUCUCGUAGUCGUACUCGCGACAAAAGCCGUUCGCCGAACUGAUACUCUCAGUGAGCCACACUUAACUAGUGAUGGGACUUCUAUUUUCCUUUUUCGGGGGCUCUUAUCUACUGAAAUUCUCACGCGCUCAUCUUUUCCGACUGAGCCAAGAGAAUAAAAAACUAUUCACGUGUACCAACGGCCUAUUUCUGCGUCGUGCCAGCCCCUUAUUGACUGUGCCCGCCAGCUCCCAUGUUUUACGGCCCUUGUAGCAGCUUCAACACUUUGAGCUCCCCUCUCCCGCUGGCUUUACACUUGCCGGUGUGCCGAUUAAGUCUGACCUGCCGUCCGACCCCCCCUACCCCCUCCCUUUUGUCUUUCAAUGACCUAACGGGUUUGGAGUACCGGUUCCGCUGCCCUAGUUUUAUUGGUUUCAGCUUCCAGUUUUGGUUUGAGUGUGGAGUGUUUGCGUCCGCCGCUUUGUGAAUCUCUGGGGCUUCACUAUGACCACUAUAAGAGCUCAGUCCAUUACUCAGCUAGCGCUUUACGUAGAGUUUUAAACAGUUUGUUUAUGUUAAUACAACUUACAAAACUAAACGAGUUUGUCAUCCGUGCGUCAAAGCACUCUCCCAUUAAAUAUUUCCUCAUUGUAGCUAUAAGAGGUCCUUCAUUUUCCUUUGGACAAGGACUUACUUACCCCAUUAACUUACAAGCCAUUGUUUACCGGAAAACCUGUUUGAAAAGAAUUAAAUGU